GAUUUCUCGGGCCUCGGCGCGGCUUUCACCGGAACCAGUCCAGUUCUCGGACCUCCGUCUGGCGUUAACCCCAUCUUUCCUAGAGCCCUAUAAUUCGCCUCCGUCCAUCUGUCUUGCCAGCAAGCUGAGCGGAUAACCAUGACGAGUUCGACUACGGGCUUAUGGGAUCCGGUGCGCGUCAAGACCCAAUUACGUUUGACCGCGCAACGUCUCGGCCAGCUGCAGGACAAGAAGGACUCACUUGCGCACAUCACCAGCAGGGACAUUGCUACACUGCUUGGCCGGCGAAAUGUCUCGCUUGCACGCGCGAAGGCACAGAACCUCAUGAAAGAGGAUGCGGUCAGCAAUGCUAUGGAGGUGCUCGAGAUGUACUGUGGUGUGGUCCUAGAGCGGUUCGCGGAAUUGGAGAAGGACGAGCUUCAUCUUCAUCCUCCGACGAUUGAAGCAGUCGCGAGCAUCAUUUAUGCUGCUGCAUUCACAGAAUCUCAAGAUUUGUGUCUCAUGCGUGAUAUGCUCACGGAACGAUUAGGUUCCGACUUCGCGCAAUCUGCACUGCACAACAGUGACGGCCAUGUAUCCCACCGUAUCCUCCGCAUAAUGCAUUGGACACCUUCGGCACAGGACAUCGACUCCUAUCUUCAGAACAUUGCCCAGAAGUUUGGAGUAGAUUGGACACCUCCAAUGCAAACAGACGAAAAGCUGUCGAUUCUGUCGGCAAUGCUUGAUGCAUCCGACAUUAUGGGCACAAUCGAUUUAGCGACUCUGAGGGCUGUCGCUUCGUCUGGUUUGCCUUCGAAUCCCUCUUGGUUGAGACCUAGGGUAUGGAAGUUGCUAUUAGGGACGACUCCCUCGCUAAAAGUCCAAUGGGAGCUUGAUUCUCAGAAAAAGAGAGAAGACUAUUAUGAUCUAAUUCGGCGAUUGUUGGGGAAGGUGGCCUCUCUUCCUCCGCCGACAACUCCACCUUCCGAUUCGGAUAAGUCACUGGUCAGUCUUGUUGAGUCUUUAGCUCGGGUUCCUGCACAUCUCUUUCGUGGUCUUGAGGAUGAGCUUGAGCAUACGUUAUCCUGUCUUAUCCAUGAGUCCGCCUCAGAGGACACCAAGGUCGAUUGCGCAUCUUCCUUGGAUGUGCGUCUGCAUUUGAUUCUGGAUCAAUCCUCAACGGAUGAGGACAAGAAUUCGUCAUUUGACAGCACACCAGAAAUUCGACUGGAGUCUGGGAGUGCACCAACCUCGCCUCAAGAAUCAUCGUUUGAUCUUUCAAAAGCAGCACAAGGAGGCACUGAGAAUACAUCCAAGACGCUUUCCCUAUCCGCCGCCCUCGCGCCAAGAGCUUUCAGGAAUGUUCCCGCCCAUCCUUCUCAUGUCUCUGCACUGUUGCGCCUACUAUUCAUUCACAAGUCAUUGAAUCCGGUUGCGGAGUCUCCCCAUCUAGCCUCUUUGUUAGUACCACUGUAUGGAGUGAUGAAUCAGGAGGCGGAACCGUCGGAGUUGGCGCAUGCAGAGGCGGACACAUUUUGGUUGUUCGAGGCUCUGAUCCGCGAGGUGUCGGAACUAGAAGAGACCGAGGGUGGACUUGUAUGGAUGAAGAAGUUCCGAGAGCGCGUCGCGAUGGUUGAUAAUGAGCUUCUGGAAGAUCUCACUUUGAAAGGGCUGGAUCCGGCAUUACCGCAAUAUUCAUAUCGCUGGCUUGCUCCUAUUUUGUCGCAUACAUUACCUCUGCCAGCCGUUCUGACGGCAUGGGAUGUCAUCUUUGCUCAACCUGAACUUUCACGUCAAUCUAAUCCGAAACUAGAACAUUUAUUGGAUAUUUGCACUGCUAUGCUCGUGCGGGCACGGGCUCGUUUAUUAUUAUUAGGCAAAGGUGGACGGAAAUCACCUAGUCUAUGGGAUAUUGAACCAUCCAGUAUUGAGCGUCAAACGCUUCGGCCAUGGGAGCUGGGUAAUGCUUUUAUGGAGGGUAUGACACUUCUGCAGGAUUAUCCCAUUGAAGCGGCUGGCGGAAUGGAACGCGUGUUGCAGGUUGCUAGGGACAUACUAACUCAGAGGGAACAACUUACGAAGUCACCUCAAACGCAGAACAGCGGUUUUGGCGCGAGGAUCCGGGACAGAGUUUGGAAGGGUAUUACAAACCAGAAUAUUGAGGAAGACAAUUCACCAGAAGAUAGUGAGGAAGAGUCGCAGGAUGAGACGGAGACGGAGAGUGAUCACCCGCAAGCGCCGAGCAUGUCGCGGGCGUCCUCGACCGCUUCGGCCUGGAGUUCUUACUUUAAGACCACUGUCAUGCGUGGAAUCACGAAUGAAAGUGCAAUGGAUACUUCCCCUAACUCAUCACCCGUACCCUCACCCGAACCAUCUCCAUCUCGCCCUGUUUACGAUCUCUCUUCUCCUCCUCGUCUCUCGGCGCGGACGUCAGAAAGAAGCUCGUCUUCGUUGUUAUCACCUCCGAGCUCGAGCUCGAGCUUGUGGAGUUAUGCUGAAAAACUUCGACAGUCCGACGUGGCGGCGAAACUCUCGAAGGCUAGGACUAAUCUUUCAGCAAAAGCGUUAGACGCUUGGAGCACGCAUACUGCGCCUGCGCACGGUGUCCCAACCUUCGACAAACAGCGUGAAGAGUCCGUUGCUGGUAUGGAAAUAGGCCGCAAGAUGUCCGACCAUGCGAAGGAAGGAUUUCGGCAUGGAUCAGUCCCGAAUAUUGAUCGAUCCGAGGUCUACUCGCCUCCGCCUCGUCCUGCAUUCUUCAAACCACCACGCGACACUCGAUUGUUCACAGCGGAGGAAAUCAAUUCGUUAGCAAUACCAGGCAGUCCGGAAUCGAGCACUUCUUCAUUGUCAACUUCAACACUCUCUCCUGGUGGACAUAAUAAGUCCGAGUCCCUUGCGUCUGUCUUGCCAUCCUGGCCUGCACUCCAGCCAAAGUCUCCGAAACCGAAAUCGGCUCCGAAGCCCCUCUUACUGAGUGCCUCGACCCUCGUUGCGACGGGAAGUCAGAUAUCCAGAUCGGCGAAUAGCACACCUACGCCACGAGAUCUGGAGUGGGCUGAGGCCGUACGCAGUAAAGUGCAAACAUCACCUCGUCACAGGGAUUCCCAAUUCUCCCAGUCAUCCAUGUCUUCGAGGGGUAGUAACCCUACAGCUUCUCCUAGAGGAGACGGGAAAAGCGGGUGGGACUCGGAUCCAUCUGUUAGUCGGAUUGUUCGCUUGAACCGCCAGUCUGUUUCUCCUAUGGCACCCGCUUUCAGGACUUCGAGAAUAGCCAGUAGGAACCCGUCUGUGUCUUCUCAGUCAGAAUUUGGUGUGCUUAAUUAUAGGACGGCAUCGGAAAGCUCUCCUAGGAGUAUGAAUGGGAGGUUCCAUGAUGAUGAGGGUCGUUCUGGACGAAGUCAGGACCGCGUGUCACCAGACUCACCUUCAACGUUGCCUUCAUCACCUCCGCCGCGUACACCUGUGACGAACACUGUACAAGGCCAAACGUCCGUUCGAGUUGCGAGUACAGAGAAGCAGCGUGGCUCACUCGUUCUAAGCGAAACAGGGUUUUCGACCCUCGACCCACCUCCGCAAGGCAAGAAAGCACAUCGUAAACCAUCAACGCCAACCGUAGAGGCAAUAGGCGACACAUCCGAUUCGUCUAUCCCUCCCGUAUCGCCCGUAUCGCCAUUAAAUCGCACCGCGCCUCGUAUCCGUACAAAACGGUUUAACGAUACGCAAGGUAUCACUAUCCCUCGUGCGAACCCAAGUCCCAGUUCCCUCGCUGCUCCAGAGUUCGACUCUGAGCUGGAGGCGGCUACGACGCCCCGAGCGACGCACUUCCCUUCUACGUCUCCAACAACAGCAGACGGACAUGUGCGCUCACCGCGCCGAAGGAAGGUCUCGAUGGACGGGCCAGAACGCAGGCGGAAAAUCUCAGGUGGUGGGUCGCGAGCUACUCGUUCGAAUAAGGUUGCGGAUGGGAGGAGGGAUAGUCGUCCUGAGGAUGGGGAUGAUGAGGGAUAUGAUGAGCUUUUGAGCGCUUACGAGAGCGAAGCGUCGAAAUAUGAGUCUGCGUCGUCGGAGGCGUGAACUGGUUUUCACGCACUCUGCACACAUACAAUUUAGUGCUAUAUAGACCUUUUAUGAUUCGCUUUCACUUUCACUCUUCCUUGCUUUCUUUAUGGCAAUAUUUGUACAUUGCACACUGCCAGUCCUUCCCGUUGAUAGUGACUUCUUGGCGCUCAUUCGGCUAGCCACCCACUUCUUAUUCCUAACCUUGCUUUCUUUUAUGCACAGCUUACGAU